AUGGCGUCAGACCCCGCGCAGCCGAAAGGCUUGCGGACGGCUCUGUACCCUCACUUGCUCGAGCACGACAACUCGGAACCUGGAGUUAUCUCUCGCGCCCCGGUUAUCUUCAAACAAGACGACCCUAACGCGCAACCUGACGAGCACACUACGAAGCCGAAGCAAGUUCCCGCAUUUCCAUUCCAAUUCACGAAUGCCAAGAGACCGCAGCAGAAAUCCAAGGCGAAGAAGCCUACUUUGCCCAAGGCUCCACAGCAACCGACCAUAGCACCAGCGCGGCGGCAGGAAGCAGCGGCGCAAGAAGAACAGAGAGAGAAGGAGAAUAGGGAACCUGAGUAUACACCUCAGAACCCCGAUAAGAUCUACGACCCUACUCGUUUCACCGAUCCCAGACAGCACAAGCGCAGCGAGGAGAAAAUUCGCGAGAUCCACGACUGGAAGGAUCAUCUCCAUGCGCAUCAAAUGGGAAGUCCCGAGAGCGAGGACUUGGACAUGCCGGAUUCGGCUCAACCGAAGAACCCUCAAUUCGCGCCCCCUAUGAGCUUCGCGCCACCACCUAACCUCAAUGAUCCAGCUCCACCGACUCACACUGACGAUGCAUCUGGAGAAGAUGCCUUCGCCUAUCUCCCCCUUCCCGAUGCCGCCAAGACAUACUCGGCUACCAUCUCUCGCUCCCCGGUCCGUUACUCUCCACCCAAGGAGGUUGAAGCCGAGUCUGAAGAGCCCAUCGUCGAGGAAGCGGAAGCUGCUGGUGAUGCCGCGGAGGGCGAUGCUCCGCAGUCCAGCCGCCCAGGCCAGAAGGGCUUUGCAGAGCGUCUGCUCACAAAGUAUGGCUGGACCAAGGGAUCUGGACUCGGUGCUUCGGGUGAGGGCAUUAAAACCCCUCUGCAGGUCAAGACGGUCAAGCAGAAGAAGCGACCAGACUCUGAAGGUGGGGGCUUCGCUACUCGUGCUGGCCAGGGGAAGAUCAUCGGUGGCCAGAAGGGCGAGGAGAAGACUGGCAAGUUCGGCCGGACUAGCGAGGUCAUUAUCGUGAAGGGCAUGCUGGAUGGCAUGGACGUAGAGGCUGAGCUGGUCAAGGAGGGCGGAGGCCUGAUGCAGGAGAUUGGGGACGAAUGCACGAAAGAGUUCGGGGAUGUGGAGCGUGUUUUCGUGGCCAGUCAGGUCGAGGGCUCAGUCCCUGUAUUUGUCCAUUUCCGAAGCAGCUUGUCUGCUUUGCGGGCUGUCAAUGCUCUGGACGGUCAUACUUUUCUGAACAGCAAGGGAGCUGUCUCGGCUCGUUUCUACGAGCUGGAGAAGUUCGAGCAGGGUAUCUACUCUGACUGA